ACCAAACGACCGCACAAAUUGAAAAAUGGAAGCAAGUUAUGUUUACUCUAAAAACGCUCCGAAUUCGGGAGGCAGUGUAACUUAAGCGACAAAAAUGCUGAAGUCCUGAUAGAAAUAUUACCGGAUGCAGAGUUGUCUCAAAAGUUUAUCGAAAUGAAUCCUGUAGACAAAGGUGUUCAGUGCUCACAAGAAAUGUCUGAACACGAAGCCAAUACCGAAAGGUACAGAUCAGAAACACAUGGAAUGAAUCACACGGAGGGUGGCUGGCCGAAAGAUGUCAAUCCGCAGGAACCUGAUCAGGUAAUUAGAUAUCGAAAGAAAGUUGAGAAAGAAGACGUCUAUAUUGCGACAGUUCAUAAACUAGGAAACAUUAUGGAACAUUGUAUUAAACAAAAUAAUGCCCUAAACAUAUACGAGAACUACUUCGAUGACGUGUAUCUAAAUGCUUCUGAAGAUUCCCUAUCUGCAAAGACUAUAAACGUUCUAAAAGACAUAAACGAUUAUAAGCGCAGCGUUGCCUACUUAUCCUGGUUUACAGAUGGUCCAACGAAAUUAGCAGUUGCUUACUGUAACACGGAGUUUCAAUCUCAGUCCCUAUCGAAUGAUUCAUAUAUAUGGGACUUAAACAAUCCCAAUAGACCAGAGUUGAUACUUAAACCAGCUUCUCCUCUUGUUUGUAUAGAAUACAACCCUAAAGACUCUCAUACGUUAAUUGGGGGAUGUUACAAUGGACAGUUGGCUUUCUGGGACAGGCGUAGGGGCUCACUCCCAGUUGAAUUAUCUCCAGUUGAGCAUAGUCAUAGAGAUCCUGUCUGGAAAACGCUGUGGAUACAAUCGAAAACUGGUACUGAGUGUUUCUCCACUGGGACCGAUGGACAAGUUUUCUGGUGGGAUGUUAGAAAGAUGUCUGAACCUACAGAAUUUCUUUACCUUGACCCUACCAAAAAACAAGACAUUUCUUGUGCUCAGGGUGCGUAUGCACUGGAGUACGAAUCUACAAUGCCAACGAAGUUUAUGGCUGGAACCGAGCAGGUUCAUUUAUGUCCAUCAAGUUUAAAUUGUUGUGAUAACCAGUCAGAUUAA